AGGUUUUAUUGAUUAAUGAGCAAACUUCGGACAACGUUAGGCAUUCUCAGCCUUGGCUUUGGAGUGUUUACCGCGCAGUCCUUAUAUUCCGGGAAUGAGCGGUUCUAUAAGGAUUGGUUUCUAUCCACUGCACGACUAAUCAUUCGUGAUGGUGAAACUGCUCACAAAUUGUCAGUCUAUGCAGCAAGUUAUGGUCUGGUACCUCACAAACCUCGAAAUGCUUUCCCAAAUCUUAAAUGCAAACUUUUCGACCUGGAGUUUGAUCAUCCUAUUGGAUUGGCUGCUGGCUUUGACAAGAAUGGAGAAGCAUUUAUGGGGCUUUUGGACGCAGGAUUUUCCUAUGUUGAAGUUGGAACUGUCACACCAAAUCCUCAGCCGGGAAAUCAACGCCCACGGAUAUUUAGAUGGACAGAACGUGAAGCUGUCAUAAAUCGAUGUGGUUUUAACAGUGAUGGUCAUGACGCAGUGUAUGCUAGACUCAAGGAUCGUCCUUGGGAAGGUAAAGGUGUAGUUGGCGUUAAUUUAGGCUGUAAUAAAACAAGUUCAGAUCCAGUGUCUGAUUAUGUCGCAGGUGUACGUAAAUUCGGUGAAAUUGCUGACUACUUGGUGAUCAAUGUGUCCAGUCCAAACACUCCAGGUUUACGAUCGUUACAGACUAAAGAGAAAUUACGUGAUCUCUUAUCCAAAGUUUUAUCCGCUCGAGACGAAUUGAAGAAGAGAACUCCUAUCCUCCUGAAAAUUUCACCAGAUGAAAAUGAUCAAGGUUUAAAGGAUAUAGUAGAUGUUGCCUUGGAUCCUAAGACAAGAAUUGAUGGAAUGAUUGUCUCAAAUACAACACUGGCAACACAUGAACAAGCUGUUGCCUGUGGUGCUGCUACUCACUUGUCAGAUAACAAUCAACAAACAAUUGUAUAUGGUGGUUUAAGUGGUCGUCCAUUAUUUGAAAAGUCAACUGAAUGCCUGAAAAAGAUUUCUGUUCUGACUAAAGGCGCUAUCCCACUGAUUGGUGUUGGCGGUAUAAGUAGUGGAGAAGAAGCAAUGGCUAAAUUGAAUGCUGGUGCUACUUUAGUCCAGUUGUAUACAAGUUUUGUUUAUCAAGGCCCACCAGUUGCUCAUAAAGUAGCUAGAGAAAUAAAUGAACUCAGGACUAAAAAAGACAAUGUCUAGUGCUUUUUGCUAUGAAAUUGUUAAUUUUUUUUUUUAAAUGUAGAU